UGUGGUUGGUAUUGGGGACCAUUAAGUUAUGAAGAAGCAGAAGCCACAUUGCAAAAUAAACCAGAUGGAUCAUUUUUAGUGCGAGACAGUUCUAAUGAAAACUACAUCCUGUCUCUAUCAUUUAUCAGCCACAGUAUAGUUCGUCAUACACGUAUUGAGCAUAAUAAAGGACUCUUUAGUUUUUGGUCACAACCAGAAUCACAUGGUCGAGUUACUAUUAAAGAAUUUAUUGAACAAACUGUAGAAAAUUCUCGUAAUGGAAAUUUUCAUUAUUUUCUACGCCCUCCAGGCCCUGGAAUGCCACCAUUACCAAUUCAACUUGUUCAUCCUAUAUCUAGAUUUGUUCAGUUCAGAUCUUUACAACACAUGUGUCGUUUUCUGAUUCUACGCUGGGUUCGAAGAGAUCAUAUAGAUAGACUGCCAGUUCCAGAGAAAGUUAAAAACUAUUUACGCGAGAAUCAAUAUUAUGUGGAAUCUGUGGAAGAUAUGUAG